AUGUCCAUACGGACUCUUGUAUAUGCCUAUAUUCUAGGCGGACUGACCUUCCUUCCUCUGGUUAUCAUCAGCAUAGUCUUCUUCGCGGUGUACACUUCCGUGCCUGUGGGCGAUCCCGAUGUCACCAAGCCAGCGAAAGCUUCCCUACAGGACCAGUCGGUAUCGGAAGAGCCAGAAGUAGCUUCUGCUACUCGUGACAUUGACGAUCAACCCAAGGCCAGGAAAGGAUGGCUCAUCAUGCGGCGGACAUUCGAAGAGACGGAGCAGAAUGCGUCGUAUGCUACUAAGGUCCGGGGGUUCCUGGACGCACGGUCAAAGGAUCCGAAACGUUCCCGUCCCAAGGACAUGUGGUAUGUCGCUUUGAAGGGGAAGGUGCUCUAUCUGUAUGAGGACGAAGCGAUGCAGGAGUGUGAAGCUGCCAUUGAGAUGGGUGGCCACGACGUGAUGAUCUAUCCGGAAGGCCUGCAGGACGGGGAGCUAUUCGCCAAGCGAACCGCGAUAAUGCUCAGGCCGCGGAUACCGCCGCCAGACAAGGAGAUGCCGAGCCUGACGAAGGAAAUGAAGUUGGGUGAAGGUCUCGUUGAUGAGAAGAAGCAGGAGGCCGAAGAGCGAGAUACUGGACUGUCGAAGAAGAAGGAGAAGAAGAGGGCAGAAGAGCUAGAGAAACUCGCGGAAAUCCAGAAGGCGAGGGACGCUGCGAGGGACGAGGCCCACACCGUCCUCACGCCGUGGUUCAUCUUCGUGCGCUCCAAUGUGGAGAUGGAAGACUGGUACCAUGCCCUCGUUCACGCUUCGGACCAUUCUGCCAACCAUCCCACCCUGGAGCCCCUCGAACCAGUCUUCAAGGUGCCCGAUAUGGAGCAUCUAGUCUCGACCUUGGAUGAACAGCCCGACGUAAUACCGACGCGCUGGUUGAAUGCCCUCAUCGGCCGGCUAUUCUUCAGUUUCUAUCGCACCCAGCUGCUCGAGAGAUUCAUCAUUGGGAGGCUGAUGAAAAAGCUGGCCAAAGUGAAGCGACCUGCUUUCCUCUCUGACGUGAACAUCAAGGAGGUUUCUGUCGGCAAUAGACCCCCUACCUUCAGCAAGCCUAUGCUGAAGGAGCUCACCAAGGAGGGUGAUGCGUCACUAGAAGUGCGAAUACAUUAUAAGGGCGAAGUGCGCGUCACUGCGGAGGCGACAGCGAUUAUCAAUCUGGGCCCCCGUUUCAAAACUUACACAGUUAAACUCGUUCUUGCCGCAGUGCUCAGGGAGAUCGAGGGUAAUUUGCUUAUCAAGGUGAAGCGACCUCCGAGCAAUCGGAUUUGGUACGCGUUUACGCAGAUGCCGCGGAUGGAAUUGGACGUGGAGCCGGUGGUUAGUGACAGACAGAUUACUUGGGGCAUGAUCUUGAGCACCAUCGAAUCAAGGCUGAAGGAAAUCAUUCUUGAGUCAAUCGUUCUGCCUAAUAUGGACGAUAUUGCGUUCUUUGAGAGUUCAUCGUACGAGCACCGAGGCGGCAUUUGGGCUGAUGCAUCUCGAGAAACACACGAACCUUCCGAAAGUUUGAAUGCUUCGGACGCCGGUCCGAGUGCGUCGACGACAGCUCUCCCCGGCUCUACGGCAUCGCAAGAUGCUGCUGCCGUACCUCAAUCAGCAGAGCCCACUAGUACAGGCGAGCGGUCCAUGUCUGCACCGUUACCUUUGCAUCCCAUCUCUGAGCCGGCCUCACUUUCGGCGGACGUUUCCGUUCUCGGCAACUCCAGCAAUCCUUCGGCAACAAAACGACGCAGUUGGUUCGCAGCAUUGCGUAACGAAGACUCCAUUGCUUCGGACCCGUCAAUAUCUACUGAAUCGGCUAUCUCGUCGGAAGCUGCUCGUGGACGCAGCGUGGUUUCCGGGUUCAGUGCCCCUGAGGUCGCGCAACCAACGUCAUCCACUGCUGAGGGUGGCGAAACCGUGCCGGAGCCCCCAGUGAGAACAACAAGUUCGGACGUUUCUCUGCUCAGACCCGGAACAUCACAAAGAUCGACAUCUCAACAUAGCUCAUCCUCAACUUCGUCGUCUCGCAGCGGUACCCCAGAGCGCGAAGAGUCUGCAAGGCGACCACCCACACCAUCGUCGCCUCAGGUCUUCGCCAAUGGCACAGUUCCUUCCAGCCCCGGAAACGGGAGCAGCUUUUUAUCUACGCUUAAAUCGCGUGAUAAACAGGCCAUUCAGGCCCAGGCCAAGGAAGCGAUGCGGAAAUGGGGCGUCAAUUGGGCAUCGCUACGACGCAAUAACGAAGGCUCAGAGGAUGUGCCAGAUGGCGGGCCUACUGAACAGCGACCCACGAACAGCCAAGCCUCGCUGUCGCAGAAGAUUCGACCCAGCUUUGCUGAAAUACGGGCUAAGGUAGAAGAGCGCAGAUCGUCUCGGCACGACUUAGACGGCACUGCUCCGAUCGCCAUUCCACAGAGGGGCGAUGAAAGACAGCGGGUUGUUUCACAACCGAGCGUGCCUAACCCUGGACGACCGUCCUCAUUCACCGGUGGCUUAUCUACAUCACCCGCUGGACCAUCCAGAGUCAGGACCACCUCUGAGUUGGAUGGCAGUUUGCAAACUAGCAAAUAUGUGGCUCCUUCAAUGUCUCGUACAACGACCCAACUGCAUACUCCAAGUCAACCUGAUUUCCCCUCAGUCUCACCUCCACCUACUCCUGCCCCCAUACACACGCAGCCUCCUCAAGCCAAGACCAUGACGAUACCUGGCAUACAUGCCAGCCACAGAGGGGAAGUGCAGUCCCUCGGGUACGUGGCACCGGCACCAUCGACGGAUCAGAAGGGCAAAUCUCCAGCCCUGCAGACGGUCGUCACACGUCUUUUCAAACCUCAAGGUCAAGGACAAACUGAGCACGAUUUUUCCUCGUCUGCUCCCGAGCCGCAGCCAUCUCAUAGAGAGGUGGUUGAAACGGAGGCAGCACAAUCGCCCCAAGGACCUCCUCCGUUACCGCCGCGAUCGGUUUCCUCAGCCUCUGCGGCGCUCAAAUCGAUUCAGUCUCGCGUCGAAAGCGGAAGACUGUCGACAGACGAGCAAUCGCGAGGGAGCACACCCGAGCCCGUCGGAGAUCCCACGGGAAGCAACGAUGGUGCAUCCGUGCACGAUAUGCCAAAGGCUGCUCCCCCUCCUCUACCGCCACGCAAGGUGCCCGUGCAGUGA